AUGGGAAAUGGUUCUGUGAAACCCAAACAGUCCAAGAUUCCAGAUGGCCAUGCUGGGAAAUUUUCCGGCACAAUUGAUGCUCUUCGGAGCAAAGUGAUAGAACUGGAAAGGGAGCUGAAGAGGAAGGAUGAAGAGCUGCAGCAGAGGGACUAUCAUCUUCGAGAGCUGCAGGAGAAGCUCUCAAAGCAGACAAUUGCUCUUGCUGAGAUCACUGAGGAGCUCCAAAACAAAUGUAUCCAGCUGAAUAAGCUACAAGAUGUAGUUAACAUUCAGGGAGGAAACUCACUUCUAUUUUCUCCAUGCAAAGUGUCUCUUCAGAUCAACAGAAGGACCUCAGGCUUAGUCUCUCUCCACAGCAGGAGAGGUGCCAAGGAAGGGGUAUCUGCCGAACCAACCACCAGGACCUUUGCAGAAUUUUCAUUUGAGAAAGCAAGAGUCAGAAAGGACUCAAGUGACAAGAAGCUCAUCACAGAUGCCCUGAAUAAAAAUCAGUUUUUGAAGAGACUGGACCCUCAGCAGAUUAAAGAUAUGGUGGAAUGUAUGUAUGGAAGAAACUACCCUCAAGGCAGUUAUAUUAUUAAGCAAGGAGAACCAGGAAAUCAUAUUUUUGUAUUGGCAGAGGGAAGAGUAGAGGUAUUUCAAGGGAACAAGCUUCUGUCAUCAAUCCCGAUGUGGACGACGUUUGGCGAGCUAGCCAUUUUAUACAACUGUACAAGGACGGCUUCAGUAAAAGCUGUCUCCAAUGUGAAGACAUGGGCGCUAGAUAGAGAAGUAUUCCAGAAUAUUAUGAGAAGAACCGCUCAGGCUCGAGAUGAACAGUACAGACAGUUCCUUAGGAGUGUGUGUUUGCUGAAGAAUUUACCUGAAGAUAAACUAACCAAGAUCAUUGACUGCUUGGAAGUGGAAUAUUAUGACAAAGGAGAUUACAUCAUCAGAGAGGGGGAGGAAGGAAGCACCUUUUUCAUUUUAGCAAAAGGAGUGGUGAAAGUCACUCAGAGUACUGAAGGCUACGAUCAACCUCAGCUGAUUAAAACACUGCAAAAAGGUGAUUACUUUGGAGAAAAGGCUCUCAUCAGUGAUGACGUCAGAUCAGCUAACAUCAUCGCAGAAGAAAAUGAUGUGGCAUGUUUGGUUAUUGAUCGAGAAACAUUCAGUCAAACAGUUGGGACCUUCGAAGAACUCCAAAAGUACCUUGAGGGAUAUGUGGCGAACUUGAACCGUGAUGAUGAAAAAAGGCAUGCCAAGAGAUCCAUGUCUGGCUGGAGGCAGACCAAAGCUCUGUCUCUAGAGAUGAUUCAGCUGAAGGAGAAAGUGGCCAAAUUCUCCUCCUCGUCCCCAUUCCAGAACCUCGAGAUUGUCACCACACUGGGUGUCGGUGGGUUCGGAAGAGUUGAACUUGUUAAAGUGAAAAAUGAAAAUGUGGCAUUUGCUAUGAAGUGUAUCAGGAAGAAGCACAUUGUUGACACUAAGCAACAGGAGCAUAUAUAUUCAGAAAAGAAGAUUCUGGAAGAGAUGUGCUCUCCCUUUAUUGUAAAAUUUUAUCGCACUUUCAAGGACAGAAAGUAUGUCUAUAUGCUCUUGGAGGCCUGCUUAGGUGGAGAACUGUGGAGUAUCCUAAGAGACAGGGGCAGCUUUGAUGAACCCACUUCUAAGUUCUGUGUUGCCUGUGUGACAGAAGCAUUUGAUUAUUUGCAUCGCCUGGGUAUUAUCUACAGGGAUUUAAAGCCAGAGAAUUUAAUUCUAGAUGCUGAGGGAUACCUUAAACUGGUGGAUUUUGGAUUUGCCAAGAAGAUUGGAUCUGGACAGAAAACAUGGACGUUCUGCGGGACCCCAGAGUAUGUAGCUCCUGAAGUCAUUCUCAACAAAGGGCAUGACUUCAGUGUGGAUUUUUGGUCACUAGGAAUUCUAGUCUAUGAACUGCUGACUGGCAACCCUCCAUUUUCUGGGAUUGACCAAAUGAUGACUUAUAAUUUGAUUCUCAAGGGAAUCGAGAAAAUAGAUUUUCCCAAGAAGGUAACACGACGCCCUGAAGAUUUGAUUCGCCGACUUUGCAGGCAAAAUCCUACAGAAAGGCUGGGAAACCUGAAGAGUGGAAUCAAUGACAUUAAGAGGCACAGGUGGCUGAAUGGCUUUAACUGGGAGGGACUGAAGGCAAGGAGCCUGCCAUCACCAUUAAAAAGAGAGCUCAAUGGACCCGUAGAUCACAGCUACUUUGACAACUAUCCCCCUGAGAAGGGAAUACCCCCAGAUGAAAUGUCGGGUUGGGAUAAGGACUUCUGA